ACUACGAAAGCUCAAGAGUCUAUACUGUUCUGCAGAGAUCAUACUUCUACAUAUCGAGUUCACUCCAAGCAUUGUGUUGAUGGUUGACAACAUAAUUUGAGGGAUCAAUAUUUGCAGGCAGACGAGCUUCGACCUUGCAUCUUAUAUCGGCACUUUUCAUCAUGCCUUCACUCGAGACAAAUACAGACUCGUCGAAUACGAGAUGGAGACAUUUGUACAAAGCUUUGAGCAAACCAGGUCCAUUCAGCGACGAAGAUUGGGUACCAGGAUCAGAGACCAUCGAUGCUCUUGAGACUUCUAAAAUUCUUGUCAUUGGAGCCGGAGGUCUAGGAUGUGAGAUUUUAAAGAAUCUCGCGCUGUCUGGUUUUAAAGAUAUUCAUGUUAUCGACAUGGAUACAAUUGAUAUAUCCAACCUCAACCGCCAGUUCUUGUUCCGCCAGGCAGAUGUAGGAAAGCCCAAAGCUGAGGUUGCAGCAGCAUUUGUCCAGAAGCGAGUCAAGGGAGUCAAAAUCACACCCUAUGCCGGAAAGAUUCAAGAUAAAGAUGAAGACUACUACAUGCAGUUCAAGAUUAUUGUCUGCGGAUUGGAUAGUAUCGAAGCACGUCGAUGGAUUAACUCGACGUUGGUUGGAAUGGUAGACCCCGAGAAUCCAGAGAGCUUGAAACCUUUGAUCGAUGGAGGUACAGAAGGUUUCAAAGGACAAGCCCGUGUCAUCCUUCCGACACUCACAUCAUGCAUCGAAUGCCAACUCGAUAUGCACGCCCCCAGAGCUGCUGUUCCACUAUGCACAAUCGCAACGAUUCCCCGACAACCGCAGCAUUGUAUCGAAUGGGCUCACCAAAUUGCAUGGCAGGAAAAGCGCAAAGACGAACCAUUUGAUAGUGAUGACCUCAGCCAUAUCUCCUGGAUUUAUCAACAUGCAUUGGAACGCGCCAAACAAUUUUCCAUUCCCGGAGUUACUUUCCAACUAACGCAAGGCGUCGUGAAGAAUAUUAUUCCCGCCAUCGCAUCGACGAACGCUGUGGUCGCUGCAUCCACAACCUCAGAAGCAUUGAAAAUCGCUACUUCAUGCAACCCGUACUUGGAUAAUUACAUGAUGUAUGCCGGCGAGGAAGGUGUAUACACCUACACUUUCACUGCAGAGCAGAAACCGGACUGCCCAGUCUGUGGAAAUCUGGCACGUACAAUCCAUGCUGAUCCUGAAAUCACCCUAGAAGAGUUUAUAGAAAGUCUGGGCGAGCGAGCAGAAGCACAACUCAAAAAGCCUAGCUUGAGAUCGGGGGAGAAAACGCUAUACCAACGGUUUCCACCCCAACUGGAAGAGCAGACACGACCUAAUCUACGGUUAAAGUUGAAAGACUUGGUAUCCGAUGGUCAGGAGAUCGCUGUCAGUGAUCCGGCAUUCACCAUUGAUUUCCGGUAUAAACUCGUUUUUUCAUGA